AUGCCGUCAGCGCUUCACAUCGUCGUUGUCGCCGCCGUCGUCACCACACUCAUUCAUGCAAAUGCGCGGGCUAACAAACGCCACGAUAAAACUGUCAAUCGAUCAGAUAAAGGUGACAAUAAAAACAUCAACAACAUCAAAAACAACAUCAAUAACAACAACAUCAAAAACAGCAACAUCAUUAUCAACAGCAACAACAUCAUUAACAACAACAACAACAUCAAUAACAUCAAUAGCAACAAUAUCAACAACAACAACAACAACAUCAACAACAACAACAGCAACAACAACAACAACAACAAUAGAAACAUAAGCAACAACAAAAACAGCAGGAAGAGAAGGUAUGCGUCAAACAACGACAUCCAUACGAACAAUCAUGGUUAUGACGUCUUUGAGGGACAACCUUGCCCUUAUCUAAUUUUUUCAAGUUCUCAAAUUUUUGAACCAACCACAACAACAUCAACUGCUUCUUCUUACGUCGGUUCAACCACGAACGGAAAUAACGUCGUUGUUGCUAUUUCAAACUCCGACAACAACAAAAACAAAAUUUAUAGCGGAAAGACAAACGACCCAGCCAAACACAACAUCCAUGACAACGAAAGCUCCAUCCAAACAGUCCACCUGGCCAUCCUCCUCCCAUCCGACAACACCCGACCAUUCUCCAUAUCCAAACUCCGUCCCGAUCCAUCCAUCCUUCGCAAACACUUCCGCACCUGGCUGCCCUGCCACACCGUCAGCCUCGGCUACUACGACUCUCGCUGUCUGGAUAGCUACGCCAUGAACGAAGCCAUCAAAGUUAAGACGGCCAACAUGGCCCAUGCAUUUUUCGGUCCAGUUUGCGAUUUUGCGGUCGCUCCCAUAUCCCGCCAGGCGGCGUUCUGGAACGUUCCAAUCGUCAGCAUCGGGGCAAUCGCCUGGGACUUCUUCCUGAACAGAUCCACCACUUAUCAUACGUUGAGUCGUGUGGGGCCGAUCAAUCUGAAGGGGCUGUCGAGGGCCAUGAAGGCCCUCAUGAGGAAGUUCAAGUGGAGCAAGUUGAAGAUUAUCUACGAUCGAGACGGCUUCAGCGAGAUGAUGCCUCCAUUCUGCCACAUGGUCGCCGAGACGAUCGUCAAGGACUGGGAGAGGAAGACGAAGAAUGGAAAACAUCGCAACGGUCAUGCUAGUGCUGUCGGUCGGAAAAAUAGGAAUAAUAAUAACAAUAAUAAUAAUAAUAAUAAUAAUAAUAAUAAUACUUCUUCUGCUUCUAUGGUUGAUAGAACUUUUGCUGACGCCGAUGAUAGCGAUGACGUCAUCAACGACGACAGAGACAAAAAAUUUAUCAACAGUUUUAUUAGCAGCAGUGAUGGUAGUAGUAGUAGUAGUACAAUAAACAAUAAUAAUAAUAAUAAUAAUAAUAAUAAUAGUAGCAGCAGCAGCAACAGCAGCAGCAGCAGUAGAAGUAGUAAUAAUGAUAGUAGUAACCGUGUUGAUAGCACCAACAAUCGCAAAAAUGAAUGGCUGAAUGAGGAAGUAACCAAAGAUAAAAAAUACUCUUCCGAGUUCUUUACUGAUACUGACGAUGAUGACGAUGUCUACUACAAAGGUGAGGGCAACGAUGACGUUGAAUAUGACGAUGACGAUGAUGAGGCCUCUGAUAAGAGCGAUCGCCCUAGGGCUUACAAAGAAAUGUUAAAUAGUAAAAAUCGUAGCAUUAGAAAUAACCGCAGUGCUAGCAAAGUUGACAACAACAACAAAAAUUAUAAUAACAAUAAUAAUAACAACAACAAUAUCAACAACAACAUCAACAGCAACAACUACAACAAUCUCAUCAACAACAACAGCAUCAACAAUAAUGAUAAUAAAAUUUCGAAUGAAAAAAUUUUACAGGGCAAUAACCAUAAACUGAGCAAUAAUACCAAUGGCGUUACAACUACCAAUAAGGAAAACAAAAAUAAUAAUAAAAACAAUAAUAAUAAUAAUAACCACAGUAACAGCAAUAACAACGCUAAUAACGGCCAUUCAACAAUUACAUACGGCGAAAUUAAUAACGACGACGAGGUUGGAAGCAAGGGUGGCGUCGAUGAUGACGACAGCGAGAAUAACGAUGACGAUGGUGACGAUGGUGGUGAUGAUGACGAUGGUGGUUAUGAUGACGACCAAGUUUUGUCGGUCCAGUAUUACAGAACAUUCACCGGAAGUGACGUCGACGAAGAGAUUGACGUCAUACUGAAGAAACAAAUCGCAGAUGAGUACGCAGGUCCCCGUAUUUUAAAUUGGACAUCUCGCUACUGUAUAUUAUGUCUCUAUUGUCAUCAUUAA